GUGCACAACUUUAUUAAAAGUGAGUCAGCCACGAUGAGGGAUGGUUUCACGAUACACUUCACCUAGAAUAAGUCAGAGCUGCAGAGGAGAACAACAGUGCUUGAGGGCUGGGGGGAUGUGUGCCCCAUCCCCAGCUCACAGGCUCUGAGCCCUCACCUGCGGAAACCCAGCUGGGCACCAACUCAGAAUCACAGAAGGGGUCAGGCUGGAAGGGAGCACUGUGGGUCAUCUGGUCUUUCCAUCACAAGUCAUUAACUCACCUCUUUUCAGCAAAGAGGUGAUUGAUGUACUACAGUUAUUGAAAUUAGAAUAUGACCAGUGGGUUGUCUGGUCCAACCUCCCUGCUCAAGCAGGGUCACCGCAGAGCACACGGCACAGGAUUGUGUUCAGAUGGUUCUGGAAUAUCCAGUGAGGGAGACUCCACAGCUCCUCUGGGCAGUCUGUUCCAGUGCACGGUCACCUGCACAGUAAAGAAAUUCUUCCUCAUGUUCAGUGGAGCUUCCUGCACCUCAGCUGUUGCCCAUUGCCUCAUCUCCUGUUGCUGGCCACCACCGAGCAGAGCCUGGUCCAUCCUUCUGGCACCCUCCCACAGAUAUCUAUACACAUUUACUUGUCACUUGUCUCUCCUUGACGCCUCAGCUCCCUCAGCCUUUUCUCGAAGGAGAUGCUCCUUCAUCUCCAUCGUUGCCCUCCGCUGGACCCGCUCCAGGAGCUCCUUGUCUCUCUUGUACUGAGGAGCCCAGAACUGGACGCAGACUCCAGAUGUCCCUCGGUAGGGCUGACGAGAGGUGCAGGAUCACCUCCCUGACGUGCUGGAGCCCAGGACUCCCCCGUCCUUGCCCACAGGGUCAGCCCGGAGCAGCACUCCCGCCCCUCGGCCCUGCCGCCCCGCAGGCGGCGCCGGCGCAUCCAUCGCUCGGCGCGCGGCUGCCGGCCCUGGUUGCCGGGGCGGGCCCGCACGCAGCGCCCGAUCCCGGCCCGCGGCGGCGGACGCGGCCUCCCGGCCCCAUGGAGGGGGACAAGAAAAGAACCAAAGAAGAUACUUGGAAAGCAGAAGAACUUAGGAAACAUCUAAAGGCAUCACUACCAGAUAGUCAAAAUGAGGACCGAAAACACAGAGAAAAGAAACUGCGGAGGGAGAGGACUGUUCAUGACAUAGACCCUAACAGACAUGAACGCAGAGACAGAGAGAAGAGCAAGGAAAGAACAAGAGAGAGAGAGAGGUUGAAAUCCAGUGAAAGGGACAGGGAUAAAAGGAGAGAGAGAGAAAGGGAAAAAGAACACCAGAGAGAAGACCGAGAGAGACACAAAGAUAAGGUUCAAGAGUCAUAUUUGGAGGAGAGACACAGCAUAUUAAAGCAUAAAGACAGGGAGACUGAUAGAGAACGAGACAAAAAGCACAAGACAUAUGAGAUAAAGCAAAUAGAUCCACAGAAUUAUCUGAAAUCAUUUGAAGGAAGAGAUACAGAACAUCACAGAAGAAGAGAAAUCAGGCAUCGUUUGGAGGAGGAGAAAGCAAGAACUGAAGAGCAAGAAAGAAGACAUAAAGCACAGAAGGAUAAUGAUUUAAGAAAGAAAAUUGAAAAAUUUUUAGCCUACAAAGUUGAAGAAGGUGAACGUGUGCAGAGGUUAGAGAAACAUCAAGAGUUGGAUAAAGAAAGAGAAAGAAAACACAGAGAAAAAAAAGAACAUUCUGUUGGGACAGAAAAAGAGAGACUUCCUAAAGAGAAAAGUCAUAAACAUUAUGGAAAGGAAGAGGAAGAAAAACAUAAAUCAAAGAGAUCUAAAGAAAAAUCUUUCCAUGGAGACAGAGAAGAGCCAGCAGCAGAAGCUGACGAGAGAGUAAAAAGUAGAGAAAAGGAAAGAAACAAAUAUGAUACAAGGAACAGUGAAUACAAAAAGGAGGAGAGGAUUCAAGAAGAAAUGAGCCAUCAGCUUGUAAGGACUGUAAAAGAUAAAGGAAAACUUGUUGAAACAGAGAACAUGGACACAAGACAAGAGGAAAUGAAAGAUACACACAUCUCUAAUCCAGACACAGGACUUGAGGAUUUUUCUCUGAAUUAUGAAGAUGACUUUGAAGUCUAUGAAGAUGAUUUUGAAGAUGAUGAAGAUAAAAGUGGUGAAGUAGGAGAUGCAGAAGAAAACCCAAGAGAUGUUCAAUUUUCCAGAACAUCAGAAAUUGAAGAAAUUCAAAGAGCAAUUACUGCAGAAAAUGAUAGAAUUUUUACUCCAUUGCCAAAGAAACUGGAAAAUGAAAAAAAGGAAUCAGUCAUAGAAAGGCAAGAUUCUUCUGUCAGAAGCUCUUUUUGUGGAAUAUUCAUGGAUUUCCAAAUGGCAAACCAAAGACAAAGCAGGCGAAGUAUGGCCAGUAAGCAGAAAAAACGGAGUUCAGAACUUCUCCCACUAAUUGACCUGGAUUUCUCAGUUAGUUUUUCAUUACUGGAUUUGCCCCCUGUCAAUGAGUACGACAUGUACAUCAGGAAUUUUGGUAAAAUGAACACUAAGCAGGCAUAUGUUCAGUGUAAUGAGGACAAUCUUGAUAGAGACAUUCAGACUGAGGAAAUUGAGACACUGGAGAAAUGGACUCAGCAUCCAGGAGAAAGUGCUCUUGUAUCUGGAGGUCCCAUAAACAGCCAGGAUACAUCAGUGAAUGGAGCACCAACACCUAAAAUUGAUUCACAACGAUUAGCAAAUUUUCUCCGGUCUGCAUGCCAGGUGAUUGCUGUUUUGCUAGAGGAAGAUCAAGUUGCAACACAACCCAGGAAACUAAGAUCUCGACAAACCAGUCUGUCUAUUAGUGAUAGCUGUUUCCAGUUAAAUACUAACCAGCCAUUCCUCCAUGGCCGAAAAAUACCCUGCUUGUAUGUCUCCCAGGUUCAGAGGCAGACACUACUUUCUGCUCAUGGAUUACCUGAAAAGGCAGAUGUGGGUUUGCUGAGCAGAAAGAGCCUUAUAUGUGUUUGGAAUAUCUGGCAGCCCUCCAGUCCUCAGAAAGUUUUAAUAUGUGAUUCAGAGGUGAUAUGUUGCUGCUUUAGUCCCAGUAAAGCAACGUUAGUUUUUGCUGGAACAGUAGAUGGUUCAUUGUUAGUGUGGGAUCUUCGAGAAGACUCAAGAAUGCACCCUUGUAUGAUGAUCACUGGAACUGAGUGGACAUUUAGAGUUCCCACAUUUUCCACGGAUGGCAUUCUAAACUCAGUAAACCACGCCUCUCCUAUACUGGCGGUGGAACCUGUCUCAACUUCUCUCAACAGUGACCACAGUUAUGGGCUCUCAAGCCUGUCUUAUCAGGAGGAAAUGUCAGGCCCUCCAUUUCAGAUAGCUUCAAUGGAUGAAAAUGGAAUCCUCAAUAUGUGGGUAGUUGUUGAAUUGCAAAAAGCGGAUCUAGCUGGUUCACAAACUGACUUAGGCUUAGUUCCUGGAGGGAAAGUGAAGUUAGUACAUAGCUCUACUAUGGAAUUGAGUAACAGCCUUUUCCCAAAGGAUAUUAGCCAGAGAAUGCCACAGACACUGACUAUUAAAUUUCUGUCUUCUAAUCCCAAUCACUUCAUUGUUGGAACAAACAUUGGUCUGGUAGGUCAUGGUACAAGACAUCAUUUAAAAGUUGUUCCAAAGCUAUUCAGGCCCCAGGAGAGCAGGCUGAGAUCCAUAAGCAUCACUGCAAUUGACUUCUUCCCUUUUGGAAAGCCACUAUUUUUGGUUGGCUGUUCAGAUGGAAGUAUUAGAUUACACCAGAUGACAUCAGAGUGUCCCCUCAUGCAGUGGAAUGACAGCACAAAGGGCCAGCCAAUUAUUGCCCUGCAGUGGGCUUUGACAAGACCUGCUGUGUUCUUCGCCCUGGAUGCAUCAUCCAAUAUUUACAUUUGGGAUCUUCUGGAAAAUGAUUUGUUGCCUGUGGCCAAGCAGACUAUCCCAUCAGAGAGGGUUGUAACUAUGACUCUGCUGGGAGAGCCAGAAAAAGCAAAUGGAUUGUUAGGCAUUGUGCUGGCCAAGGAAUCUGGGCAGAUAGACAUUCAGUAUGUAAAGAAGAAGUGGGCAUUACCUCAGCCUGAGGAAUCUGACAAACUGUAUUCUAUUUUAUUGCAGUCUUUUUAGAAACAGGGUUGUACAAUUGGUUGCAAAAUGUGUAGUUAAUUUUUUACUUCAAUUAAAAAUUGUUAAUGUAA